AUGACAGAUUUUUACAUGUCACCUGGUUUUACAUGCAUUUUCCACAGCGUAAAUAAACAUUCAUUGGCAAAAUGGGAAAAAAAAAUAAGAAACGGUACGAUAAAAAAAUUAAGAGACGACGAAUUGUGUUCUCAAGUAUUGGAAAUAAAUGCUCCCAAAAUGGCGGCCACGUACAUAAUGUGUCCUGCAGAUCCGAAUCAAGUAUUGAAAAUAAAAAAUCCAAUAUUAAACAUGACUGUUAAAAAUUUAAAUAAAUAUUUCGCUUUCGACGUUCAAAUAUUAGACGAUAAAGGAGUUAAAAGAAGGUUUAGAGCUUCGACGCAUCAAAACGUAACGGAAGUAAAACCUUUUUAUACUAAACUUCCGCUGACGUUGGAAGAAGGUUGGAAUCAAAUAAAUUUUCCGUUACAAGAUUUUACAAUGCGCUGCUUCGGAACGAAUCACGUUCAAACGUUGAGAAUACAAAUAUACGCAAGUUGCAGGUUAAAAAGAAUUUUUUUUUCAAAUAAAAUAUUACAAGAACAAGAUAUACCCUUGGAAUUUCGUUUGAAUUCUAUGUCGAUACCUAUAAAACCUAAUCAAAGUAUUCGACAAUACUAG